CCCGGCGGGGCAGCGCGGGCAGCGGCACCGGUGGCAGCACGGGCGGUACCGGCAUGUCCUGAGCGGCGGCGGCGGCCGAUCCGGGCCGGAGCCAGCACGGAGGGCUCGGUGGAGCAGCGGGCCAAGGGCCGGGCCCCCAUGAAGGAGAAGGAGGCGGGCGCGGAGCGGGGCAAGCCCGCCACUUACACCGGGGACAAGAAGGCGCGCAUGGCGGCCAAGACCAACAAGAAGUGGGUGCGCCUGGCCACCGUGCUGGCCUACGUGCUCUCCGUCUCGCUGGCCGCCAUCGUGCUCGCCGUCUACUACAGCCUCAUCUGGCAGCCGGUGCGCGGCAGCGGCGGCUCCUCCAGCCCCGGCCCCGGCGCCGCCGCCACCCCCGCGCAGCUCCGCGCCGCGCCCGCCGGACCCACGGCGGGGCCUCCGCCCGCGCCGCCGCGCACCGGCCCCGGCCUCGGCCCCGCCGCCACCGCCCCGCCGGCCGCGUCCCCCUCGGCCGCGGCCGGGAGCGGGCCGGGCGCCGGCAGCCCCUGAGCCGGGCGGGCCGCGGGAGGCCGCGCGCCGCCGGGGAUGCGGCCGCGGGGCUCGGCCGAGGAUGGAGACCGAUGGCUCGCCCGUCCCUGCGGCACCGUGCAGCGCCCGUGGAGACUGACUGGAGACUGACCUGGAGACUGACUCGGCCCCGUUUGGACUCGAUGGAACUGCGGUAUCUUCUUUUCCCCCCGAUUUUUCCUCAAAAGGGAAUUUUGUGGCUUCGUUUUCUUCCUCACCAGGGCUAGCUUCUCCCUGUGAACCCGCAUUAAAUUCCUGCGCUGUUUAUGCCAGUCUGUUACCUAUACAAGGAUAUUGGUGUCCAAAAUUCCUCGCUAUUUACAGGA